AUGUCGGGGGCAGAUCUGAGUCCGAUCACAGCUACUUCGACCAAUUCACAGCGCUCGCAACGUCGCAAGGCCAGCGCCGACUCGUCUGGGUCGUCAGCAAACUCGAGCAACAGUGACCUGGCAGGGCGGACCGGUGCAAGUGGCGCGGACGGAGCUGGAGGCUCCACUGCGUCGAGGGUCGGGAGGAGGAAGUCGCGAAAGUCGCUCGGAAACUCCGCCGUGAGCGAACAACCGCAACCCGGCACCUUUCUCACCCGUUUCCUCGAUUCGUUCCGCCCGUCCUCCUCAUCGGCUAGCCCCGUACGACCGCCCCUCCCGCGCUCACUCUCCAGCCCGACGCCCUCCUGUCAGACCUCGCCGGAUGGCGAACCCGAUGUGGCCAGAAGACCCUCCGACUCGCCUUUGCCAGGCGCUUUUCCCCCUUCGCCUGGCCAACCAUACCUUUCGCCGUCAGUGUCGCCAGGCGGAACGAUGAAGCGCUUCGCCCCGUCGUUCCGACGAAGUCGCUCGCAAGCGGGAAGCCAGAAAUCCGCGGGCAGCUCGUCUGCAUCGCCAGCCUCGUCGCCUGGUCUCGCUGGCGUGCCUCCUCAGCUCUCGCCUGGAUCGCCGUCGACGCUGCGGGGCAAGGAGCGGGAUCCAAUGGACAGCAUGUUCGGGUACGCGGUUGGUGAGAGACCGGGUCGGAGAGGAAGCAUGACGAGCCAGAUGACGGUACAGGCGCACGAUCAUGCAUAUACGUCGGGACGAGCGCCGGGAACCCCCCUCGAAGCGAUCGACGAGCCGGGCUCUGGCUACUCCGCCGGCCAGUCGACGACUUCGCCGCCUCGUCUCGAGCAAUCUCUCGACCUGAUUGCGACUCUCCUACCUCCAGCACUUCUCCUUCUCUCGCAACUCGGCCCGACACAUAUCUUCUCGCCGCCGCUUCCCCUGCCCUCCCUUUUUGACGCCACCCUCCCCUCCGCAGCCAACCGCAAGGCGAGCAUCUCGUCCGCAACAGGCUCCAACGCACUCCUCUCCUCCGCCGCCAGCAUCUCUUCCACCGCCACCAGCAGCACUACCUCCGCCUCCGCCUCCUUCUUCAACGGCCUGCCAACGGUCGAACACCUCCUUCCCUCGUACUCGCACGAGCUGCACGCCGCGACGACGCUCUCGAUGCCCGCCGUCUCCGCCGCCGCAGUGUGGCGUCUUUUCCGCGGCUUUGAGUGGGCGGGCGAAGUCGGCAAGGGCGAGCAGCCUCUCCCGCCCUCGCCUGUCCCGCGACAUCUCGGCGGCCAAGGCGGGGGACCUCCCCUCGAGCCCGAAGAGGACCCCGAGCAGGUCUUUGACUUCCCCUCGCUCAUUCAGGGCGUCGCAGACGUCCUCGCUGCUGAUGCGGCGGCAAGGGGCAUCGAGUUGGCUGUCGGACAAACCGGCUCGGGCAGCGCGCCUAGUCCGGCUAUGUCGCCAGGCGUGGCGGGAGGACCGGCGGCGACGGAUGCUGCGCAGCAGAUGAAGAAUGAGGCGUCAAGGAAGGAGAAGAAGGGUAGCGAGUCGAGGGAGUUGUUGGUCAGGGCUGACGAGCGCGCAUGGAGCGUGACGCUGAUCUGGAUCCUGCACCACAUCCUUGCUGGCGCGCGAAGCGGUUCAAGCGUCGAUAUCCGCUUCCUCGCUACGGCAGCGACUCCUCCCUCCUCCCCCGACAGCUCUCGUCCGCCGUCCCCAAGCGGCAGCUACCACGCUGCCGCCUCUCCUCCUUCCGCCCGCCCCCAAAAGUGGUGGACGGUCUCGCUCAAGAUCCUUCUUACAACGCCUCCUCGUCCCGCCUCACCCUCCUUCAUCGACGAGACCGCCGCGAUGCCGGCGAACGAUCCGCUUCCCAAACCUCCUUUCGACACGGCUUUCGCUCGCUCGCUCUUCUCCCUCGUCGGUCUCUCGCUCGCACCGUCCAUUCAGAGCGAAGCGACGUCGCAAGCCUGGGCACUCGAGGCGCUCCUCCCCGCCGCGCGACCAAAGACGCAGUCAAUUGCCGAAGACCCCUCAACGAUCCUCGGCCGUCGUCGUGCAAGCCUCGAGACCAUCGUUGGGCAAGAACCGUCGAUGAACGACCUCAAGCGGUUCGCCGACACGGCUCUUGCCGGCCACAAGGUCGCGCUACAUGCGGGCGAGAACAGCGCAUUCGCCAGGCACCUGACGGCGUAUCUCGCUGGCUGGGGCAUGGACAUCCAGCACGUUCCGCUCGAGGGCGAGGGGCUUUCAAACGGCAGUGGAGGAGGCUCGCCCGACUCGCUGUGGAAGGGCGCGGCGUUGGGAGGAGGCAGGCCGGGCGUGACAUCGAGGUUCGACUCGGGCUUCGAAACGGCUUCGACGUCCCCCAGCUCGACGAGUGACGGUAAAGCGCCCGCGCCGCCUGUCAUUGGCGAAGGCAAUCCGAGCCUCGUCAUCAUCGACGACGACGUCUCGACUCUGCGACGAAUGCUCAUUUCGCUCCGAGCACCGCCACUCCACAUGGCGCCGACGCUUAUGGCGAAGCGACCGCAACUUGCGACACGGAGGACGAGGUCGAGCCCACACCAGGCGUCGCAGUGGGUCAUCGUCCAUUUCGCGAGCCUCGUUCACUACAAGACGAUCAAGGAGAUCGUCCAGGACACGCUCGCGAUGAGCAAGUCGCCCACCCUGCCCGAGGUUAUCGUCGUCCCGAAGCCAGCCGGACCGAGACGCAUCCUUACCGCCAUCUGGACGGCGCUCAAGCGUCCGCCUGUCGACCCGUUCUUGCCGCCAAUCGCGACCUCGCCUACCUCGCCUGGUAUCCAGUACUGGACGCCUCGUCUCUCGCCCUCGCUCGCAUCAAAGGAGCAGCAAGAGUUCGACUUCUCCGUCAACCAGCAGCAGGAGGCGAGUCGGAAAGGCAGCGACAGUAGUGGGACCGGCAGCGCGGCUGGGCAGACUCUCGGCAAGCCCCGAACGCCGCCUGCACAAUUCGAGGCGACUGGCGCAGGUCGUCUCCCGCCUUCGCCGCUCGGCAGGGUGCCGGACACGGCCGACUCGUACUUUUCGUCGGUGACGGAGGAGCUCAAGGAGACGACGACGAGCGAAGGCAUGAUCGUACAGAGCCCCGACGGCCGCUCAGGCAUCUUCUUCCAGCCUCAGCCCCGCGGCAGCCGCUCGUCGUCGACCCGCGAGAAGAUUCGUGCAGGUCUCGACCGCAGCCUCACGUCGCAGGAGAUCCCUGAGCACGCCGUCGCGGACGCCACUUCACGCCCGCCAAGCGACCCGCCCUCUCGCGUCUCGACAGCUGCGCCGCACGAGAUCGGUCUCGGUUCAGCCAGCUCGAGUCGACGAGUCAGCUCCGCCCCCAGUCACUCGAACAGCGGCGACAUCGUCAUCGCGCCCGUAGCCUCUGCGCCCCCCGGCACUCCGGCUCUCACGCUCGACUCGUUCAUCUCGGCCGCCAAAUCGCGCGCGCUCGGCGAGGACGUCUCGCCCGAGGAGCUCCCGCCCAACGUCAUGGGCGAAGCGCUCUCGCGGCAGCAAUCUCACACCUCGUCGAAUCGCUCGAUCCCGACACCAUCUCGUCGCAGCCUGAGCGGAUCCAGCGGCAGCGCCGGUCCCGCCUCCAACGCAACCUCUCCUCGUGCGCUCGGCGGUUCGCAGAGCCCGCUGUACAGCGUAUCUCGCCGUGGCAGCGGCAGCGGCGCAGUUUCGCCCAUCGUCUCGCCUCUUCCGCAGGUCUCCAGCGGAGCCGCUGCGGCAGGCGAAGCAGCUGCGCGGGCCUUCGCGGCCGCGCGAGCUAGGCCUGCGACACCAUCUUCGCCGGCUGGACCAGCGAAGGCACGAACGAGGAGUUCGACAAUGGUAAGCAUGCCGAAGAACAAGCGCAGGACGAGCAGGAAGAGUACCAUCAUCGGUGUCCCGCCCAUCAGCGUGUUGAUCGUCGAGGACAACCCUAUCAACCAAACGAUUCUCAUCGGUUUCAUGCGCAAGAAGGGCAUCAGCUUCAAGGUCGCGAAGGACGGCGAGCAGGCGGUCGAAAUGUGGAAGAAGGGCAAUUUCCACCUCGUCCUGAUGGAUAUCCAGCUUCCCGUCAAGGACGGUAUCGAGGCAACUCGCGAGAUCCGCGAGCUCGAGCGACAGAACAACGUCGGUGCCUUCGUUACUACGCCGACUUCGGUGCCGAGUUCGCCCUCAUCAGCCCUCGGAAGGGACCCUCUCAGCACGCCCGGCUCGCCUCUCCUCACCAUGCCCGUCAUCAUCGUCGCCCUCACUGCCUCGUCCUUGCAAGCCGACCGAGUCGCCGCCCUUGCAGCCGGUUGCAACGACUUCCUCACGAAGCCCGUCUCGCUCCCCUGGUUGGAGUCGAAGCUCGUCGAGUGGGGCUCGAUGGCAUACCUCUCCGGUUUCGGCCGCAAGUCCGAGACGCCCGAUUCGAGCGUGUCGAGCAGCGCAUUGUCGGGGACCCCGGCACGACCUCGUUCGCCCGCUCGCAUGAAGGCGCCUCCCGGUUUUUCCGCCGCCGAACUCGCAUCUCGCGCCGACGAGGUCUCCCAGCAUCUUCAUAUCGACCGGCCCAUCUCGCGCUCUGACUCGCCGAGCGGUAUUCGCGGUGCGAGCGGCCUCGCCUCGAUUGCCGGUUCCCCUUCAGCAUCUCCUGAACCUUCGCCGCCGUCAGGCGCGCAGACGAUGGUACCGAAGACUGCCACUGCGCAUGCUCUCGGUCCUGGCCUGCAGAUCACCUCGCCGACGCCCGACCAGACGCCUGGACCUGUCCCGGCUUUCCCGGGUGUCCUCGCGACGCCAGCGCCGUCCGCUGGCGGCGACGCGAGUGAGACGCUCGACCAGGUUGAGGCAAAGCUGCAGUCGCUCGUCCAGGAGAAGGAAGAGAUGGAGCAGGCGCAGGCAUCGCCGAAGCGACCAGGCCCGACACCACUCCCACCUUCCGUCCUCACGGCCGAGUCGUAUGGCGACCCAUCGCUCGACGACGUCAAUGCUGAGGGCCAGCGACUCAUCGAAGCGGGCCGCGCCCGCGCUGGCAGCGCCAGCUUUGGACAAGCCAUCGACGAAUCGGGCUUCUCGUCCGCCGCGAGCUCUGCUCAAGGCAGCAGCGAGAAUGUCAAGCCCGCCUAG